CAAGAAUAAACAUAAUAAUUCAACAAUUAAGAUCGUGCAUAUGUUUAUCCUUUUAAUAAAAAUCAAUUCAACUUUACAUUCGGUUCUUUAGACGGUUGACCAACAGUCAACUUAUUUUCUUUCUUUUCAAAACGAUUUAGGUGUUACGGGUUUCUCAUGAACUCUUUGACCACCGGUCAAACCAAUUUAGACUUUCACCAAAGUCAAACCACUUAACAUUUAAUGCCUAUGACGGAGAUAGCCUCAAUCCGUAAUACCGAAGAUAGCCUCAAUUCGGUGGAGUACGGACGUGGAUUUUGCCGAAAUCGAAUCGAUAGCUCGAACGGAAGACAAAUCGACGAAAUCAAACGAACGGGUCAAAUUGAGUCAAAAUACGAAAUCGACCAAUCAAUCCGGCGUGGAGGUUAAUCUGCCGGCGAUAUCAACUCGGGGUAGCGGCUGGAUGCGGCGACGGUGACGGACGCCGGCGACAGUGGCGUAGCGGCAGCUCGACGGCGGUGAGCAGCGACUGGCGGCGCUGCAAUCGACGGCGGCGGACGACCGACGAAGGCGAAACAGCGGCGUUGCACUCGACGGCGAGGAUGGCCGCUGUGCUAAGGGAGACGGCGGCGCUCGAUUCCGGCGAGGGCGAAAUAGCGGCGUUUGGCGUGGCGGCGCUGCACCCGUCGGCGAUGAUGGCGGCGCUGCACCCGUCGGCGAUGAUGGCGGCGGCUACUGGCGAAGGAAGUAGCGGCGGCGCUGGAGGCUUGGCGACGGCGGCCGGAGGCUUGGUGACGCUGGGCAGCGACUAGCUGGGGAAGGCGACCGGCGAUGAGCGGCGACGCCGGCGGCUGGCUGCUCCAAUU